GCUGUUGGACUGCCUUUUUUCCCUAAUCUGAGUGGUGUUGUAGGUACUGAAGGAAAUCGUACUGUCGGAAAUGAGGGCAACGAUGACGGUUCCCGUCGAUAUACUCCGAAUGUGGCGGAAAGCGGUCCCAUCUUGCUCAACCCUAAGCAAGACUAGUAUAUUCAAUGAACAGACCAACUUGCUCUUAUAUGACUAGAA